UGCGCACUUUACUGGGCAGAUGUCAUGGCACCCCCAGUACCGGAGCUCCAAGUUCCGCCACGUCUUUGGCAAGCCAGCCAGCAAGGAGAACUGCUACGACUCGGUGCCCAUCACCCACAGCGUCCAUGACAAUCACUUCUGCGCUGUGAACCCCCACUUCAUUGCAGUUGUGACUGAGUGUGCUGGUGGGGGGGCCUUCCUCGUCAUCCCCCUGCACCAGACGGGAAAGUUGGACCCCCACUACCCGAAGGUCUGUGGGCACAGAGGGAACGUCCUAGACAUCAAGUGGAACCCUUUCAAUGAUUUUGAGAUUGCCUCCUGUUCUGAAGAUGCCACGAUUAAGAUAUGGGACAUCCCCAAGCAGCUGCUGUCAAAGAGCCUCACAGCCUGCAGCAAGGAGCUCGUGGGCCACUCCCGCAGAGUAGGCCUGGUGGAGUGGCACCCCACGGCCGCCAACGUCCUCUUCAGUGCCGGCUAUGACUACAAGGUGAUGGUCUGGAACCUGGAUACAAAGGAGUCUGUAAUCAUGAGCCCUGUGAAGACUAUUAACUGUCACCAAGACGUGAUCCUCUCCAUGUCCUUCAACACUGACGGCAGCCUGCUGGCCACCACCUGUAAAGACCGCAAGAUUCGGGUUCUCGACCCCCGAGCAGGGACCUUCCAGGAAGCCAGCUACAAGGGGCACCGGGCCAACAAAGUGCUGUUUCUGGGGAACCUGAGGAUGCUGCUGUCCACAGGCUUAUCCCGAUGGAACAACAGGCAGACGGUCCUGUGGAACCAGGAUGACCUCUCUGUGCCUCUCACCGAGGAGGAUCUGGACUGCUCCUCAGGAGUGCUGUUUCCCUUCUAUGAUGCGGACACCAACAUGCUCUACGUGGUGGGGAAGGGAGACGGGAACAUCCGCUACUAUGAGGUGAGCGCCGACAAACCUCACCUGAACUACCUAACAGAGUACCGCUCCCAUCACCCACAGAAGGGGAUUGGUGUCAUGCCAAAGAGAGGUCUCGACGUAUCCUCCUGCGAGAUCUUCCGCUUCUACAAGCUGAUUACAGCCAAAAGCCUCAUUGAACCUGUAUCCAUGAUUGUACCCCGGCGGUCGGAAUCCUACCAAGAGGACAUCUACCCACCCACCGCAGGGGCCCAGCCCUCUCUGACAGCUCGGGAGUGGCUCAGUGGGAUGAAUAAAGGGCCAAUCCUGGUGUCCCUUAGGCCCGGCUCUGAGCUGCUGAGCCCCCUGCCUCUGCCCCGAGAGAGACCACUCUCCAGCCCCGUGGUCCCUGCCUCGCCCCAGCUCUUCAACCAGACAGAAAAACUGGUUGCAGAAGACGGCCGGAGGCCGUCCUCUCUGCUGGAGAUAAAGGCGCCAAGGUGGGCGGCAGAAAACAGGCUGGAGGAGAAGAAAGCCUGGCUCACAAAUGGUUUUGACAUCUUCGAAUGCCCCCCUCCAAAAACAGAGAAUGAGCUGCUACAAAUGUUCUAUCGGCAACAAGAGGAGAUCCGAAGACUCCGGGAGCUGUUGACCCAGCGCGAGGUCCAGGCCAAACAAUUGGAACUAGAGAUCAAAAACUUGAGCAUGACCUCAGAAUGGCUCUGAGCAGAGGUCUCUUGCUCUCCUCGCCCUCAGGGACACCACUCGGCUCCAUGGGGAGGUUCAGAACCAAACCAUAAGUCCCCCAAGAACAACCACUAUUUCUAUAUUUUUUACCAGAAAACAAAACUUGGUCACUGAAAGAUUUCCAGUGGGACAUGGUGCCGUUUUUCUAUUUGCCUUCUUGAAACAACAAUGUCUGAAUUGACUCUUUUUAGAUGAUACCUUGCCUUCUGUUUAAUUCUGUUUGUAAGGGUCCAAGAUGAGCUAUAACGUCUCAAGGGAAAGAACAUUGUACAAUAGAAAGUUAGAGCUGGAAGGACCUAGGUGAAGCUACCUGUGAUUUUUAAACUGUGGGUGGUCCGUAGAAUGGGGAGAAGGCUAAGCAGGAGAGCUGUGCCCCCCCAUUUCCACCAGACAGCUCCCCUUCUUUUUGUUUUAUAUAUCGGCUCUAUGGAAUACAUAAUUCUGCAACUCGAAAAAAUUUAAAGUUUGAAAACCAGUGAUUAGCCCAACUUCCUUAUUUACAGGCGGGGAAACAGAUCCCCAGAGAAUUCAUGGCAGGAGGCUGGGCUGAGCUCCUGGUCUCCUGGGUCUGUCUUUCUGCUGUUUCUGGUCCGAUACAAUUCUCAGAUCACAGGGCAGGAAUCCAUUGGUCUGGCCUCAGCUGCGCCCCUGACUUGCACAGUGACUACUGGCAAAUCAUUCCCUUUCUGGUCUCAGUUUCUCCAUCUGAACAAGGGGGACCCUGGAGUCUGCCACCUGAGACAAGAAGUGUUGUCCUUGACCUGAGGAAAACUACAUGUAGGAUGAUGAUCUAGGUUUGCUGCGGGAACUCACAAGACAUUGGCAAAGGGGCAGUGGGAGUUUAACUUUAGGGAAAGAAGUCAAGGUUCAGGCCAAUUCUAGAACGCUGACAGGAAGCCCAAACCAUCCUCUCCAAUGAAUCAGUGGGAUGUGGGUAGAUACUCCCUUAUGUGGGAUGCAGACAUCAGGGCGUUGGCUAAAACCACUGACUGCCACCAAAGCCCUGAGGUCACAAGAGCCUGCUCCUGCCAGAAAGAUGUAAGCAGAUGUCAGCCCAAAGGAACAGAAGAGGCCCCCUGGAGGUAGGAAGCCCCAGCACUGGGAGUAAGCCUGCAGAGCCCCCUGGCCAUGAGGACUCUGGGAGAAGGAUGACUGCACUAGGCAAGGAAGUAGAACCACAUGGCCCUAAAAUUUCCCUUUCAGUCGGAGAGCUUUUCUGGGUCCCUCCUUUGUGAAUCUGUUCUGAGCCCUUCUCUAAGAUUCUUUCUCAGUGGUCAAUACAACGGCCCAGCUAGAGAUGGAAUGUUGGAAGCUAAGUGUACCCCUCCUUACUGAGGAGGUGCAGACAGUGAGUUUUGCCUGUGCCACAGGGCGAUCCUGGAGCUAGGAUGGGGAAUGCAGGAGGCCACCUGGCCUGGUAGGUUUCAGCCCAGGCUAUAUGUUAGGAUCCCUUUGGUCGUGUUCGGGAAAUACAGCUAGCCAGGCCCAAUCCUGGAACAGUUUAAGCUGACUCUGUAGAGUAGGGGUUGGCCUUGUGUAUGUUUUUAUAAGCUUCCAGGUGAUUCUGCAAUACAGUGAAGGUGGAAACACUCUGGGCUAGUCCAUCUGUACCUAUCUACAGUAAAGACAAGGAGGGUAAGGAACACCAGACAGGAGCUGGGACUCCAACUCUAUGCUCUAAGUCCUGGCUAGAGGCACCUAAAAUCAGGAAGCAUUGUACCGAGCCCUCCCUCAGGUCUCUGGGGGCUCUGUGCUCCUGAUUGCCCACUCCCCUAACCAUGGCUGAGCCCCCGUCUGCCUGCACACAUCAGGCGCCCCAGUUCCUUGUCUUGCUCUCCAUUUACUCAAUCGCUGGGGCCUGCCAAGCUUGCCAAAGAUCAAAUCCCAGGCGUUGUCAGGAAAGCAGAGCUCCACUGGGUGGGUUACCUCUCCCACCUAAUUUGUGGCCAGCACUUCACAGUUUACAAAGCCUGCCCACCUCUACUCACUGACACAACCUACUGUAACACGGGUCCGGCAGUCUGUAUUAUCCCCAUGUUCAGGACGGCACAGAAACGUCCCUUCUCAAGCUCUCCCCACCUCAAAGGAACCCAGAUCUCAUGCUAAGAAACAAUCCAUGAACAUACUUGUUUCCUUCCUUCCUUUCUUUCUUUCUUUCUCUUUCUUUCUUUCUUUCUCUUUCUUUCUUUCUUUUGUCUUUCU